CUCUGCUCGACUUAGAUUUAUUCCAUCUCUUUAUAACUGUAUUUGUACAAUGGCUACCAACUACUUUUCAAAUCACUCGACCACCUCUCGUUUUCUGGCCAACAGCGCCAAUCCAUCUCCCUCCGCCAUGUCAAACAACAGUCCCAACAACUCUGCUCAGACGACCACUGGUGCUCCAACCACCUCUGCCAACAAUGGGAAGAACCGUGUCUCAUCUUCCAAACAUUUCUCAACGUCUGUGUCCGCUUUGAACAAUGGAGAACGUUCAAAAUCCAAGGACUCAUCCGAGAACAACUCUGUAUCUUCCACACCCAAAGUUCACCCCCUUCGAAACACAUGGGUGUUUUGGUUCAGGCAGCAACGUGCACCGGGAAAUAAAGUGAUUGAUUAUGAAGAGGGGAUUAAAAAGAUUGCUGCGUUCAGUUCGGUUGAAUCGUUCUGGUCCUUAUGGACCCACCUAUCCCCUCCCUCAGGUCUCCAACCUACCACCGACUACCUCCUCUUCCAUUCCAACGUCCGACGACCUGUAUGGGAGGACCCUUUGAACCUCGCCGGUGGAAAAUGGAUCAUCAGAUUGAGGAAAGGCGUCGCGGAUCGUCUCUGGGAAGACCUCGUCCUCGCAGUCAUUGGUGACCUAUUCGACGAUUGCCGAAGUACCACCUCUUCACCAACAGCAGCCAAAGCGGACGGAGGCGAGAAUAGCGAAGAUGAAAACCAAUACCCUGAAAUAUGUGGUUGUACAAUUAGCGUUCGACAGAGUGAGGAUAUUAUUAGUCUGUGGAAUAGGGUGGAGGCCAAUAGGCAGGUCAGGGAGAAGAUUAGGGAUACUAUCAGGAGGGUGUUGAACCUCCCUCCAUCAACAAUAAUGGAGUAUAAAACCAAUAAUGAUUCGAUGCAAGACAAAUCUAGCUUCCGCAAUUCAGCCAUCGACCGUGCCACGUUGUCUUGA